AGUAGUUUGAAGUAUUUUAUUCGGCAAUAUUUUAACUGUCAAAUGAAAUUUUAUUAUUUGUUUUGUUUUGGAUAAUACAAGAAUAGUUAUUCCUACGUAUACGAAAAAAUACCAAGAAAAUAUAAUUAUUAAUUACAGACAAACAACGUUGCGCUCUACGUUACUUUGAAAUUUAUAUUCAGCGCUGCAAGUACUACAACAAUUAUGCAAAUAUUUUAUUAAUUUUUCGUAAUUGAUGUUAAAAUUUCACUAUGAAAAUAAAUGACAAGAAUUUGUGUGCUUUCGCUUCGUCCGCUACGCCAGUGGACCGCGAAGGAUGGCUGGAUUUACGGGGAGAAGUGGGGAAAAACUAUCAGCGACGUUGGUUUACUCUUAAGGGAAAUCUUUUGUUCUACUUUGAUAAGAAAGGAGAUAAAGAACCUGUUGGCGUAAUAAUUCUAGAGGGUUGCACAAUAGAAUUGACAGAAGAGGAGUCUUAUAGCUUCAAAAUAGUAUUCCCCUGUGAAGGUAGUAGGACUUACUUUCUAUGUACCAACUCACAGGCGUCUAUGGAGGCUUGGAUGAAAGCUUUAGCAUGUGCAAGUUAUGAUUAUAUGAAACUUAUGGUUUCAGAACUGCAGAGGCAGCUGGAUGAAGCUCAGGCUGAAGAUGCAGCGGAAGCAGCGGCAUUAGUCACAAUAACACCACCUGAAGGUGAAGAAGAACCUAAGGUACCCCCACGUGGCCAACGACACAACCCAUUUAAUAAAAUGGCAGAUGGAGAGCCAAAAACUGUGACAGGAAGUAGGCAUCAUAAAGAAAAUGUAAAACCUGAAGUAGUGCGUAAGAAGGUACCUUUCCGUGACAUUCAUAACGCUUUUGGACGCAGUGUACUGGCUGAUCGUAGUGAGUGGCGUGCCAAGUUGAGAGCUAGAGAAGAGCCUGCACCACCUUUAAUUCAACUUUAAAUUUGUAGGGCUGGUAUAUAAAAAAAUUGUGGCCGGAUUGUAAAAUUGAUAAAAAAAUAGAACCAUUAAUUGAUGAAAUGAUCAGGACAGUUGAAUAAUAUUGAAAGCAAAGAUGAAUAAAAUAAUUA